GAGCGAGGGAGGUUGUGGCCUGGUCGGCCUUAUCCGUCGCGGCAGGUAAUAUCCUUGUUUGACGUUUGAUGAUGGGGGACGUGCUUGCUUAUGAAGCAGAGCUGCUGGGAAUGGUGAAAGAGUAUUUGGACUUUGCUGAAUUUGAAGACACGGUGAAAACAUUUACCAAAGAAUGCAAAAUAAAAGGGAAACCACUCCCCAAAACUAGAAGCAAUUCCGCUAAAGACUCCAAGGCUCUAAUCAUUCAGGAUCUGCUCAUGUCCUUUAGUGACGGAGACCAGGACGUCUUCUUCGAACUGUGGGAAGAGCGCAUCCCUCCCUCCAUCCGAGAGCAAGAAGCCGUGGCUCAGAAGCUGGAGUUCUACCUUCACAUCCACUUCGCCAUCUACCCGCUGAAGCACGCCGUGGGGAAGCCCGAUAAAGCAGCUCUGGACGAAAGGAUUGCCUAUUUCAAAACCUACCUGGAGACCAAAGGGGCAGCUUUGAGCCAGACCACGGAAUUCCUCCCUUUUUACGCCCUGCCUUUCGUGCCCAACCCAACGAUCCACCCCUCUUUCAAAGAGCUUUUCCGGGAUUCUUGGGAAUCGGAUUUAAAAACGAGGCUGGAAGAAUUCCUCUCUGCGACGCUCAAGGCCAGCGACAGCCCGAGGCUUCUGACCUUAUAUAAAGAAAACACGCAAUGCAGCCAAGAAACGUUGCAGCAGCUCCACCAACAGCUGGUAGAAUCCGAACGCAAAACCAUGACCUACCUCAAGCGUUUCAACAAAAUUCAGGCCGAUUAUCACAACCUCAUUGGCGUCACGGCUGAGCUGGUGGAUUCUCUGGAGGCCACUGUGAAUGGCAAGAUGAUCACCCCGGAAGACCUGCAAAGUGUCUGCAUGCGCCUCUUUAGCAAUCAGAUGAAGCAAAGCGUCCCACACAGCAUAGACUUCACCAGGCCCGGAACUGAAUAUGGCUGUAUGAGGCCCUGUAAGGAUGAAUAUGCUUCCACAAUGUUAAGAGCAUCGUUGGUCCCUGCGAAAGUGCAGGAGGUGCCCCUCCUGCCAUCUUUGGAUUAUGAGAAGUUAAAGAAAGACCUGAUCGACGGAAGUGACCGCCUCAAGGCUUUCUUGCUACAGGCCUUGCGCUGGCGUUUGACAACUUCCCAUCCGGGGGAGCAGAGGGACACCGUUCUGCAGGCCUACAUCAACAAUGACCUGUUGGACUGCUACAGUAACGGCCAGAGAAGCGUCUUGAUGCUGAUCCAGUCCAAGUGUGAGGUGGUUCGCCAGUACACCGCCAGGCUCAUCAAUACGUUUGCCUCCCUGGCUGAAGGCCGGCUCUACCUUUCCCAGAAUCCCCGGUUGCUCCGCAUGCUGGAAGGAAGGCUGAAGGCAGAAGAUAAGUUCUCCCUUACCCGGGAGAACGUCCUGGGAGCUCUGCAGAAACUCAGCCUCAGGCGGGCUUUGCAGUCAACUAUGAUUAAAGAUGGGCUCAUACCAUGGUUGGUGGAGGCCCUGAAGGAUACAGACUCCAUGUCCGAUUACACCCUGGCCUACUCAGUCGCUUUGAUCAUGAACCUCUGCCUUCGGAGUUCAGGGAAGAAGAUGUGUGUGAAAAUUGCAAACGAGAUUCUCAAAGUUCUCUCGGACCUCCUUGGCCACGAGAACCACGAGAUUCAUCCCUAUGUAAACGGAGCCCUUUAUAGUAUCCUGGCUAUUCCGUCCAUAAGAGACGAAGCUCGAGCAAUGGAAAUGGAAGACAUUCUCCGAUGCUACAUCGAGGAAGGAAAUGCCGAUAUGAUCCAGCAGAUUGAGUUUAUUAUCAAGCAGCUGCAAUCAGAAGAGCCACAGGACGAGAGCGCAGAGUCUGACGAUGAGGAGAAGGAAGACCACGCUGAAGAGGACCACAACAGCAUGGAGGCCGAUCUGGACAAAGAUGAAGUGUUACAAGCCCAGCAGGGAGAACUUUCCGGAGAAAAACUCCUGACCACCGAAUAUUUGGGAAUCAUGACCAACACGCCCAAAGCGCGGAAGAAGUCCAUGCCCGGCCUCCAUCACAGUAUGGACGAGCCCCUUCAGAGACCCGUGACCCCUGGCUACCACAGGGCCCAUUACCCAAUGUUGGAAAACGAAGCCCCGUCUUCCGGCGGCAAAGAGAUAUACGCGCCACGGUGCUCCAAUUCCCGGCCUCCGACACGCAGCGGGAAGAGGCCCAGCCUUUCGGAGGUCCCGUUCUCCUCGACGUUUGAAACCGAAACUUCUGGAAGAGCUUUGAUGCGCCGUGGAGAUGACCCGGAUGUCCAGUCAGUUGCGGAAGUUCUGAUUCUUCACUCCCCCAGUUCUUCCCAAGACAGCUGUCCAAACAGUGAAUUCCACCUGAGCCUCGCCGGCAAACCCAAACUGCCCUGCGCCCCGGACUUCCAGAACCUCCGGCCCGGCAGAGGGAAGCUCCCGUCCAUCGCCCCCCAGUUCUCCCCGUCCGGACCUCAGCCAAGCUUUCGCCCCAACUCUUCAGAGUCCGCGAGAAGCAAGCAAAGCAGCCGCUCUUCUAGGAGGUGAGGACAGGCCAUUUCCUCAAGAGCCCCUGGCCCGAAGACAGCCACAACCCGCUGGCUGUAACGGGAACCCUGGCAUCUUCCUGGCACCCCGCGAGACGAAGCAGGUGAUUAGCACCGAACGCUGCUAUUCUACACCCCUUGGCUCAGAGGCCGUGGGUUUUUUUUUUUCGGACUCGGUCGAAAGACGGGAUCCUUUUCUGGAACCAGAGAGGUCUGCAAUGCUUGUCAGCUGUCAUGCACACACCCACAGCCUUUGUGUCCUGAAAAAAAAUCCACACACACACACACACGACAAAAUGGCAUCUGCCCUCCCAUGAUAGGCCCAA